UAUGGUAAUGAAGCUAUGAUCAUAUUUUUACAUACAUUUUCAUUAUUCUUUAUUGUCUUUGUUGGUUUACGGCAUCCAGCAACAGAUGAAGACAGUUUAACAGAAAACAGGAGCUGUGAUUUUAAAAUGGACGGAGACAAGGGUGAAGCCAAAGGUAAGGUGGGUGAUCAGGUUAUGCAGAACCCUCAGGCCUUGGCAGCUCUUCAGGACAGACUGGACAGCAUGCCACAUGGUCCCUCCAUACUGGAGAAUUUACCGAAGGCUGUGAAGAGAAGAGUCAAUGCCUUAAAGAAUCUGCAGGUGAAGAGUGCGCACAUAGAAGCCAAAUUUUACGAAGAGGUUCACGAGUUGGAAAGAAAAUAUGCCGCCCUUUAUCAGCCCAUUUUUGACAAGAGAAAAGAUAUUGUGUGUGGUGCAGUAGAACCUUCAGAUGCGGAGUGUGAGUGGCAGAGUGACCAUGAGGAAGAAGAGCUGUCUGAGGAGAUGAAGUCAAAAGCAACAAUGGAAGAGAAGGUAGAAGGGGAUGCCGCUGAGGAGAAUCCAAAGGGAAUUCCGGAGUUCUGGCUUACUAUAUUUAGAAGCGUUGACAUGCUCAGUGACAUGCUACAGGAGCAUGAUGAGCCUAUAUUGAAACACCUACAAGAUAUUAAAGUUAUCUUUUCUGAGCCUAAGCAGCCAAUGAGCUUCACGCUGGAGUUUCACUUUGAGACCAACAGUUACUUUAACAACACCGUCCUCACUAAAAAGUACAAGAUGAAGUCCGAGCCAGAUGCUGAAGACCCCUUCUCCUUUGAAGGACCAGAGAUAAUUGAUUGUGAAGGUUGCGAAAUAGACUGGAAGAAAGGCAAGGAUGUGACGGUGAAAACCAUCAAAAAGAAGCAGAAACACAAGGGAAGAGGGACAGUGAGGACGGUCACCAAACAAGUGCCCAACGACUCCUUUUUCAACUUUUUCAACCCUAUCAAAGUUUCAUCAGAUGGGGAGUUGGAUGAGGACUCUGAGUUCACUCUAGCCACAGAUUUCGAGAUUGGUCACUUCUUCCGGGAGCGGAUAGUUCCCCGGGCUGUGCUUUACUUCACUGGGGAGGCGCUGGAGGAUGACGAGAGUUUUGAGGAAGAGGAACUGGAUGAAGGGGAGGAGGAGGAUCAGGAUGAGGAUGCUGAUGAAGAUGAUGAUGAUGAUGAGGAGGGAGAGAGUGAUCCCAAGGCAUAAGUCAUUCUCACCUCAUGCAUUCCUAGGGUGGGGAUCCCCAGCCUACUGAGUGCAAGCAGCAGUAACCUGAGGAGUCCGGUCUCUCCACCUUGAGGCCCACUCCACAUGAAUUAACACAGCUGGACUCCGCUCUGUAGACCACAUAUAGCCACCACCACUCUGCGGAGUGCCUGCCUGGUCUUCAGUCCAAUGCAAUACACACAAAUGUGGAAGAGAGGGAAAAUAAAGGUUCUGUUAUUUUUUUUUUUUUUUAAUGCAUGACUUGUCUAUGCGCCCCUAAACUUAAAAAAUAAAAAAAAAUAAAAAACAGAUAGUGUUAAUGAAAUUGUAAAUAUAAUUACUAAUGGGAAAGGGGGAGGGGAUAGGGUCAGGUGAUAAUUUUUUUUUGUUCUGUAAACGUGGGUUGAAAUGAGAGCAAGGAGCAAAAGUCUUGUCACAUUCUGGAAGUGUCACAAUGUUUAGUUUUUCUUUCUUUGUUUUCUCUUUUUGUUUUUUUAUCUCAUUUUUUGUUUGUUAUUUUUUAUCUGACGCCACAUUCCAGAUUGCCCUUUUAAAAUCAUAUGCUCUAUCACAGCCCAAAGUCAAGUGUGCAACUCUUGGUUGACUUGAUAUCGUAGGUUACUCAGGGUUUUUUAUGCCAAGAAACAGUGUGAGCACCCAAUGUGAAACCGUGGACAUGACCCACUAAAUUGUUAUUUUUUUUUCUAUUUUUUUUUUUCUUCCCUGUUCAGAAAUAUUUGAAAUUCUAGUUUCACUUGUAAGGUUAUUUAUAAGAUAUUUUUUUUUAAUGGUUUGGACUUAUACAUAUUUGGUCUCAUGCAGCUUGGUAGAGCCCUGAGAGAAUGUGUAUACUCUCUGUGUACCGUACCCUGUGCACACAUAGCCCUUAUAGAACUUUAACAGUGCUCUUGUUCAACAACCCAAGCGCUUACUAAAGAAUUAAACAUGUAUAUUGCCAAA